CUUAUUCAUCGAUUCCAAAUUAGGAAUCAUUCAGCAUCACACAGUACAAAUGGCAUCCGAAACCGUCGCCUGGAUCGGCCUGGGGAAUAUCGGCCGGGGAAUGAGCCGCAACAUCGCAUUGAAAGGACCCCAGAAGACACCCGUGAUUCUCUACAACAGAACGGCUUCUAAGGCAAGCGCUUUCGCAGAGUCCAUCAACGCCGAGAAACCCCAAGCGGCUGUCGCAGUUUCAUCUCUCCCCGCAGCCGUUAAAGACGCCUCUAUCGCCUUUAUUUGCGUCGGCGAUGACUCUGCUCUCGAUCAGAUCAUAAAUACCAUCACUUCAGAUGACUCUCCCGACCUCCAGGGUAAAAUCAUCGUCGACUGCUCCACUGUCCACCCAGACACAUCCCGCCGCGUUCACGCGACUCUCUCCUCGAAGGGCACGUCAUUCAUCGCCUGCCCCGUCUUCGGUGCUCCCAACGCCGCAGAUGCAGGCCAGAUGGUUGUUGUUCCUGCAGGUUCCCGGGCGGCAAUCAACCGCAUCCAACCCUUCCUUGAAGGCGUCACCUCCAAAGCUGUUCUGGAUGUAGGUCCCGAGGCGGAGAAAGAUGUUGGCCGCGCCUCGCUACUCAAGGUGUUAGGAAACACAUUCAUUUUGAACACCGUGGAGACGCUGGCGGAGGGCCUUGUUGCUGCUGAAAAGUCGGGCCUAGGUAUUGACGUGUACCAGCAGUGGGUUACUACCAUGUUCCCUGGCCCCUUUGCGAAGUAUGCAGAGCGCAUGGCGACCGGGGAGUACUUUAAGCGAGAGGAGCCGCUGUUUGCGGUUGACCUAGCGAGGAAGGACCUGAGACAUGCUGCUGAUCUUGCUAAAGCAGCGGGGAUGACUCUGCCUAGUGUCAAGGUGACGGACGACCUUUUGAAGGUUGUCAAGGAGGAAAAAGGGGAGAAGGGGGAUAUUGCGGGUGUUUAUGGUGCCAUUAGAAAGGCGUCUGGAUUGCCAUAUGACAACCAGUGAUUCUGUGUAUGUGGACAGACAUUGAGUGCUUUAUAUAGUUGACUAGUUGUUAUCGUUACAUUUUCAAUUGCUUGGUUA